CAGUUGUGCGCCAAUCAGAGACUAGCUCGUACAUGAGGAUUUAUACUACAUGCCUUAUAAUUGCCUGUCGAAGUAAGACAAUUUAUUGUGACAAUUUUAUCCGCCUUGAGCAAAGCUUUCGAUUCUACAGAUAGUGGUAAAUAGAUUUCUUUCUUUAGACCUUAAUCCUGUUUUAAAGAUGAAGGAUUGUCGAUGAACCGCGUCCGAGUGUAUCGUGAGUUGAUACACAGCACACGAUGGUGACUGCUGACUCCGUAACUUACAAAAGAAAAGGGGUAUUCUUUAGUUGAAAGCGGGAAAUCUUCUCCUUACAUCGAUAAAAGGGCUAUUAUAUACGAGGAUGGACGGCAAUGUCACAGUGGACCCCACCCCCCUUCCAAGUCGUUUGACCCCCCUGGAUAUCGCACUUGUUGUUAUCUUCAGUAUUCUGGCGGCGGUGAAUGUAGUCAGCAACUCCCUUGUAUGCUGGAUCGUACUCAAACAUCGCCAGAUGAAAACAGCCAUGAACUACUUGCUUAUCAACCUGGCCGUCUCUGACGUCAUAGUCGCGUUAUUCAUGACUCCGCAGUACGUCUUCCGGUUCACCUUCACUCACCCUGGGGGGAGGGCUGGGGACUGGCUUUGUAAGAUGAUCACUGGCGGAAAUUUUAUUUGGACGGGUGGUGCGGCGUCAGCGUUCACACUGGUUGCCAUAGCAAUCGAAAGGUAUUACGCAAUAUCUCGACCGCACCGUCAUUUUUUCACAACGAACCACGUGACCGCUAUCAUCGUAGGGUCAUGGGUGUACGCCGUUGUCUUCAAUCUCCCCCUCUUCAUCGUCCUCGAGUACGAACAGAAAGGCAUAGACUUCCGCUGUCCAGAAAAAUGGAGCAGUGAGACAAUGGGAAAGCUAUACACCGUGGGCGCGUUUUUUAUUUUCGGCGCCAUUCCGAUAGGAAUCAUGGCAGUCGUUUACCCGCUCACUAUACGCGCGCUGUGGAAGGCUAAAGUCCGCGCGACAGAUGCGUCGCGUAUUGCUAUUACCCGCAAGCGGAAGAAAGCGACCCGUAUGGUGCUGGCAGUUACCGUUUUAUACUUCAUAUGUUGGCUACCAAACCUUAUACUCUACAUGCUAUCACAGUACAGACCGGAUAUAUACAUCUAUUUCGAUAUCCCGUACGUGAUUAGUGUGAUCUUAGUAGGAGUUAACUCUACCAUGAACCCAUUCGUUUACAGUCUUCAUAGUACGAGAUUCAGAGAUGAACUUAAGAGCUUAUUGUGUUGCUCGAGGUAUGGAAAUAGUGACUUUCUCAUGAACACUUUGUAGGAAUGACAUUUUCCCAUGUGGAACAGGUUAUGGGCCCAGCCAGUGCGUCAGUGGAGAGCAACCCAACACAAUAUUGAUAACAUGGUAGUUAUUUUAUUUUACAAAGUCGAUGAAGACAAUGUAUUUACAAUCUUUACAAAGAAAGAUGUGAAACAGAUAAAAAAAAAGUACCCUCUCUGAGUAACAUAACG